UCCGGAAAACCACACAAGUCACGCAAAAUAAUGAGUUCCAAAACGUUUCUUGUUGUAGGUGUACUACACCCAUGUAUGAAUCUAUCACAACACCGGUACCAAAUCGAUAAGUGUAAUACGAGUGGAGAAAACGUUAAGUUGAUAUCACAUGAAGAGCUUCCCGACGAUCAGCGAUCGUUGGUCGAUGGGGCCUUGAUUUAUGGWAWUCACCKUCCUUUGGGUGCAGAAUUUAUGGAUUUGUAUCCWAACAUUAGGGUUAUUUCUUGCACUAGCUCUGGUACAGAGUACAUAGACAUCGAAGAAGCAACUAAAAGGGGAAUCAAAGUUGGUAAUACUAGGRCUGARGUUUGCGAAGUAACUGCUGAAUUCGCAUUUGCGUUGCUUCUUGCAUCUGCAAGGAGAGUCGUAGAAACCGAUGCAAUAUGCAGAUCAAGUCCAAGUUAUAAGCAGCUAGAUCCAUCAGCAUUUUUUGGACAAAAUGUGUUUGGCUCAACCCUCGGCAUUGUAGGACUUGGAGGUAUUGGAACUGCAGUUGCACGACGAGCUGUAGGAUUUGGAAUGAAAAUUCUAUAUCACAGUCGGACAAGGAAAGAAGACUUGGAGAACAAAAUAGGAAUUGAGUUCUGCUACAGUCUUACAGAUCUUCUAAAGCAAGCAGAUUUUGUGGUGAUCUGUGCCAGCCUUACACCACAAACACUGCACAUGAUUGGUGCUUUUGAGUUUUCUUGUAUGAAGCCUACAGCUACCUUGAUCAAUGUAGCACGGGGUCCAAUCAUCAAUCAAGAUGACCUUGUCGUAGCACUGCAGACUGGACAAAUUCAUGGAGCAGCUCUAGAUGUCACAACCCCUGAGCCAUUGCCAAGAGACCAUCCUCUGUGCACACUACCAAAUGUAAUCAUUACACCACACAUUGGCACAGCAACUGAUGCAUGCAGGCAAAGCAUGAUUAAGAAAUCAGUACAGAAUCUCAUGGCAGGUCUGAAAGGUGAGCCGCUCCCAUCAUCUGCGAAUUAGGAGAGCGUCAGUCCCUGCUAAAGAAUCCUUAUGACGUGACAAUCAUUGAACUACUGUCUUGAUAUUAAAAUCACAGUCAACUGUCAUUCAGUGCAGUCAUUUAUUUGGAUUUUUCAYAUAUGGAAAAUAAAGUGACUCAAAUAUCCAUUUGUAAUCUGUUUCCAAUGUCAGUUUUAACCAGAACGUGGGGGACUAUAGUUGGGUUACCAGGGUUACCUCUGAUCACUUCAGGCACCUUAUUCUAUACUCAUCGAGUGGAUGGUUUUUAGCAUAUUUUACAAAUAAUGCAUUUUUAUCUUCGAAUGUAAACAGAAUCUUAUAUAAAUUGCCAGUUGAAGGGAAUGAGUGAGUGGAAUAGAACGACCAUGAGUGGCAAGGAGUAGAUAUGGGCUAAAAUUAUAAAACAGGCAAAAAUGAAAUAGGACAAUAUUUUAUUGGAUCUAAUAUCAAUUCUCAAUUGUAUAUUUGAGAACAAA